CCCAACUCAGCCCAUGUCUCUUUUCAGUGACGACGAAGAAGCUGCCAUCGAGGGCGGCGGCGGUGAGGAUAGUCCCAACCAUGACUCCCUUCAUCGCAGCAAAAAGGGUUCACCAUGGCAACGCAUGAAGUGGACCGAUGACGUGGUCCGCCUUCUGAUCUCUCUCGUCGCCUCAAUCGACGACGACGCUGGUUCGAUGGAUACCGCCGGGCGGAAGCAGAGUACUGCCAUGCAGAAAAAGGGGAAGUGGAAGAUGGUGUCGAAGCUGUUGAUGCAGAAAGGAUGCUAUGUUUCUCCCCAGCAGUGCGAGGACAAGUUCAAUGAUCUUAAUAAGAGGUAUAAAAAGCUGAAUGAGAUUCUGGGCAGGGGAACGACCUGCCAGGUCGUGGAGAACCCGUCUCUCUUGGAUUCUAUGCCUCAUGUUUCACAGAAUGCUAAGGAUGAUGUGAGGAGGAUCUUGAGCUCUAAGCAUCUGUUCUAUCGAGAAAUGUGUGCUUACCAUAACGGGCAAAGGGUAAUUGAGCCAAAGGUUGGAUUUUUGAAGUGUGGGGAUGCUCAUGAGGUUGAGGAAGGGGAUGGGGAAAAUGAUGAAGAAAAUGAAGGGGAUGAUGAGGAUGUUGGAUGUGGAAGCCAUGAUUUUGGCAAGGCAGGCUAUGAUGAGCUUUGCGCAGAGAUUGAUAGGGUUGUUCAGGAUUCAACGAAAACUCUCUGCGAAAGGAGAGUUUGGAUCAGAAAACGGAUUUUGCAACUUGAGAGGGUGAGCAUACAAUCUGAAGCAUUUGAGCUGGAAAAGAGGAGAAUGAAGUGGAAGAGGUUUUGUAGCAAAAAAGAUAGGGAGUUGGAUAGUAUGAGGGUGAAGAAUGAAAGGUUAAGGCUGGAGAAUGAGAGAAUGACUCUCCAAGUCAUAAAGGGCUGUAGUUGGAUUACUUCAGGCCUGGGGAAAUAGUGGAACCGUUUUGUACUCCGGUGGAGGGAGACCGGGUUAAGAGCGCACAGUGGAGUUGGAAGGUUACAGUAAGUGUUAACAAAUUUUGUUAAUUAUUUUUUUGAUUUGUAUUUUUAUUUUUUUUUUGCCAUUUUGGAAUAUCUAGUUCCGCCCUUUGAGAGUGAUGUUUACUGUUUGCAAUAAUUUUGAUAGGUUGUAGUGCAAUAUGCUAAAUUUUGUGAACAUCUGUACAUGAUAUAAAUUGUGAUGUUAUCAACAAGUGAGACUACUGCAAGUUAACAGUAGGUUUAAUUUUUUUGCAAAUUGGGUCCAUGAAGAUGGGUAGAAAUUUUCACUUAGGUUUCAUCUCCUGCAAAGCCUUAGGCAGGGAGGUGGUCAAUGCAUAGCUUGUUGAAGCUGGGCAUUUGGGUUGACAUAAAUUCAAUAUUAUGCAAACUGGUGUAAAGGAGGGGCCAUGGAAUGUG